UUAACACACAUUUAAUUUAGCUAGAUGGAAGGCAACAACAAUACUAGCAAGCCUAGUAGAAGGGGUGGCGUUACAUCACCUUAUAGAGGUGUUAGAAAAAGGAAAUGGGGGAAAUGGGUGUCCGAAAUUCGUGAGCCAGGGAAGAAAACAAGAAUAUGGCUAGGGAGUUUUGACACACCAGAGAUGGCGGCCGCUGCGUAUGAUUCAGCUGCAUUGCACCUCAAAGGCCAUGCAGCAAAGCUAAAUUUUCCAGAGUUGGUCGAUUUUCUCCCUAAACCAGCAAGUUGUAGCCCUGACGAUAUACGUUUUGCAGCUCAAGAAGCUGCAUUAACAGUCAAGAGAAAUUCUGAGGAGAUGGCAAGUUCAAGUGCAACUAAUAAUCUAGCACCAGUAACUAUAGGACUAUCUCCAAGUCAAAUUCAAGCUAUUAAUGACUUCCCAAUGGAUUCACCAAAAAUGUGGAGUGAUGUGACUAGAGAAUAUGUUGGAGAAGAGACAAUGUUUACUUGCAACGAUUAUGAAAUGAGUGAUUAUGAAGAAAUUGAUGAUUGCCUUUGGGAUUCUUGAACGAACUGACUAUUGAUUCUUAAUUCGCCUAUGAGAAGAACAAAAGAAAGUAAUAUAUUUUAUCCUAAUAUAACGUGUGCUAUUAUAUUGAACAAACAUUGAGAGUGUGAUGUUUGUACUAAUUAAUUUCCAUGGUGUGCCAUUUAAUUAACUUUCUUAUUGAUUGGUGUCAAUAGUGAUGAACAAAUGCUUAAUUGCCUUUGUUCUUUAAGGUUGUCCCGGAGCAUCAAAAUGGGUUGGUUUUUUUGACACCUCUUUUUGUGUUGCUCCACUAAUAUUGUAGUGAGUGAAGGAAAGCUUCUUGUACUGUACUGUAAUACAUAGUUGAUUUGCCCUAAUAAAAUAUU